AUGGAGUACUACUGCACCCUACUGCUCUGGAUCCUCUGCAGCCUGCUGCCAGGGCCCCAUGACUGUUUCAACAUUGACACAAAGAAUCCUCGGAUCAUAAAAGGACCCAAACAGGCUCAGUUUGGCUUCACUGUGCAGCAGCACAUGGCCGGGGGACAGAAGUGGUUGUUGGUGGGAGCUCCAUUGGAAACGAAUGGUCAGCAUCAGACAGGUGAUGUUUACAAAUGUCCAAUAAACAGACGGUCUGGAGCACCCAGCUGUACCAAACUUAAUCUAGGAAGGAUAUCCUUGACUAAUGUGUCCGAACGCAAAGACAAGAUGAGAUUGGGCAUGACACUCACAUCCAAUCCCAAAGACAACAGCUUUGUGGCCUGUGGACCACUCUGGUCCUAUGAGUGUGGCAGCUCUUACUACAGCACUGGAAUCUGUUCCCGAGUCAGCUCCACGUUCAAAUUCUCCCGCACCAUCGCGCCAGCUUUCCAAAGGUGUGAGACUUACAUGGACAUCGUGAUUGUACUCGAUGGUUCUAAUUCCAUUUAUCCCUGGUAUGAGGUCCAACACUUCCUCAUCAACAUCCUGCAAAAGUUCUACAUUGGGCCAGGACAGAUACAGGUUGGAGUGGUGCAGUACGGGGAGAAGGUGGUUCACGAGUUCCAUUUGAGUGAUUUCCGCUCUGUGGAGGAUGUGGUGAAGGCUGCUCGUAAGAUACAGCAGCGGGGAGGAGAGGAGACUAACACCGCUCUGGGCAUUAACGUGGCACGCUCAGAGGCGUUUAAACAAGGUGGCAGACGCGGAGCCAAAAAGGUCAUGAUUGUCAUCACAGAUGGAGAGUCACAUGACAGUCCUGACCUUCAGAAGGUCAUUGAGGACAGUGAGAAGGAUGGUAUCACCCGUUACGCCAUUGCAGUCCUUGGCUAUUACAAUCGUAGAGGAAUUAACCCAGAAGCAUUCCUCAAUGAGAUCAAAUAUAUUGCCAGCGAUCCAGAUGACAAGCACUUCUUCAAUGUAACAGAUGAGGCUGCCCUGAAGGAUAUUGUGGACUCUCUUGGAGAAAGGAUCUUCAGUUUGGAAGGAACCAGUAAGAAUGGGACAGCAUUUGGUCUCCAGAUGUCUCAAGCCGGUUUCUCUACACACAUAGUGGAGGAUGGCAUUCUGGUGGGUGCGGUGGGAGCAUACGACUGGAAUGGGGCCGUCCUUAAGGAGACUCGACAGGGGAAAGUGGUCCCAUCCAAGUCUUCCUACUCCCAGGAGUUCCCAGAGGAGCUGAAAAAUCAUGGAGCAUACCUGGGUUACACAGUGACCUCUGUGGUGUCGGCAAGUAGCGGUCAGCUGUAUGUCGCGGGAGCUCCACGAUUUAACCACACCGGAAAAGUCAUCAUAUUUACCCUGAAAAACACUGGAGAGCUCACCAUACUCUACUCACUUAAAGGACAACAGAUCGGGUCAUACUAUGGCAGUGAGAUUGCUGCUCUAGAUAUUGAUGGAGAUGGUGUGACUGAUAACCUACUAGUGGCAGCUCCCAUGUUCUUCAACGGUGGGUGGGAAAAAGGCAAAGUCUACAUCUACAGAGUGACUGACCAGCCUCGAUUUAUCCUGGAGGGGGCGCUAGAGAUCUCCGACCAGGGUCAGAAUGCUCGCUUUGGUUCGGCUCUGGCUCCUGUUCCCGACCUUAACGGAGACUCCUUCAACGACCUGGUGGUGGGAGCUCCACUGGAGGACGACCAUCGCGGCGCCAUCUACAUAUUUUACAGUCAGCGCAAUAGGAUUCUGAGAAAGUACAAACAGAGAAUAGCUGGGUCAGAGUUGACGUCAGGGCUGCAGUACUUUGGCCGCAGUAUUCAUGGAAAGAUGGAUGUAAAUGGGGAUGGGCUUGUAGACCUGGCAGUGGGCUCUCUAGGUGCUGCAGUCCUUCUCUGGUCUCGUAGUGUAGUGCGCAUUCACACCACCGUGAGAUUUGAACCUAACAAGGUUAACGUCUUCAACAAGGAUUGUCGCAGAGGAGGAAAGGACGUGACAUGUAUGUCGGCUAUCGUGUGUCUGAACGUCACUUCCAGGACUCCUAUUCGUGAUUCACAGGAAGUAGCUCUAUGGUUCAGCGCCUUUAUCGAGGAGAAGCGUUUCAACCCUCGUGCCGUGCUAGAUGAUCCUGACAAACAACAGCCGCAAAACCUAACUCUGCUGUCAGGAGAGGAGAUAUGUGAAAACAUCUACUUCCAUGUCAUGGACACCACAGACUAUGCUAGGCCUAUUAUUUUUACUGUGGAGAUUGGUCUACAAAACCCAGAUGAAGGUCCAGUACUGGAUGAUGGCUGGCCUACCACACUCAAAACACAGCUUCCAUUCUGGAAUGGUUGUGAUGAAGAUGACCACUGCGUUCCGGACCUGGUCUUACAAAGCCAGACAGACCUACUGAACCGACAGCAGUUCUGCGGACAGCCGGUGCGUUCAGGCAGUGUGCUGUGCAGGAAUGGUGCAGCACCACCAGAGGUAUCAGAGCGGGUGAUUGAAGCUUCGCGUAGGAGGAUGGUGGUGGAUGUUCGGUUGGAGAACCGUGGUGAGAAUGCUUAUGGGGCUCGACUCAACAUCUCCUACACCCCCAACCUCCGCUUCUCCAGUCUCAAAGUGAAGGAUAACACAGACAUACAGAUUGAGUGUCGUAGUGACGACAAGCAGAAAAACGCAAGGGCCUGUAAUGUCAGCUCACCGUUCAUGAGAGCCAAAACUCAGGUGACUUUCCGUCUGGAGUUUGAGUUCAGUCGGUCCGUGUUCCUGGAUCAUUUACGAAUCAUUUUGGAUGCUAGCAGCGACGGAGAAGAAGUGGCUUUAACUGAUAAUGUCAACGACAUUUUUUAUCAACUGAAAUACGAAGCUGACCUGCUUUUCACAAGGGAUUCAAACCCUUCCCGAUAUGAACUCAAAGCUGAUCUUACUCUGGAAGAGUCAGGUAGAAUGGACCCACCUUUCAACUUCAGCUUUCAGAUGCAGAAUCUAGGUUAUUUCCCGGUCCGGAACUUGCAGCUGAACAUAGCAAUCCCUGAGGUGACAAAGAAUGGAAACCAGCUUCUACAAAUCACAGAUUUUCAUGUAGACCAGGUAGACGGUACCUACUGUAUACCCCCUCAGCAUGUGGCACACAGUCGGGCAUCGCCCGAAGACCUUUCCCGGCUCUCACGCCUGAAUUACACCAACACACUGGUAGUGCCGGUGCAGUGCACUGUAAAUCUUCUCUCGCAAAAAGGAGCCAGUGUACGGAUCAGCGGAGCGCUGAAAACCGAGGCUCUUCACGCUCUGAAGUUUAAGACACUGGAGUUAGUGACGACAGCCUCGGUAGAGCUGGGCCCCUCAAGCGCCAUGUUUUUACAUGAGGAGAGUCCGGUCAGACAUAUAAUCCUAGAGAUUAGGAAAGAGGAGGACUACCGGAUCUCCAUCUGGAUUAUAAUUGGAAGUACACUAGGGGGACUGUUGCUGUUGGCUCUGCUUGUAUUAGCUUUAUGGAAGCUGGGUUUUUUCCAAAGACAGAAGAGGCGAGAGGAGAUGGAGAAUGAGGCCAAUGGGAAAGUGGCCGAGGAGCGGUAACGCAAGAGUCGAUCGUGGGUGCAAAUUCACCCAACUCUCAGGGACUAUCAACACAUGUCUCUGAAACAG